AUGUCGAACCCAAACAUGACCAAGAUCGGAAAGAGAAAGUCUUCUGAGCCGCGCCCGGACUGGCUGUUCCCGGCAGCGAAGCCAGAGACCUCAAAGCAACUCAAACCUCAUGGCACAUCGAAUAGGAAUAAGAAAUUGAAGGCUCGAGCUGACGGUCUGCCAUCCAAGCCCGCACUUCCACCCAAGUCCGCCCCUCCACGUCAACUGCUCGAGCUCGUCGGCGCAUUCCUGACCGAAUAUGAGUUCACACUCACGAGCCAAGCUCUUAAGGCUGAGCGCGAAAGCCGGGGCGAGAAAGCAGGCGAGUUAGAGGGUGUACCUUCUCUCAGUACGAUCUUCAGCGAGUGGAGUGGUUUGAAGGGGGGCAACGAGGCCAAGAAAGUAGCGGAGAAGAAGGACAAGGUGGAUAAGAAGAAAAAUAAAAAGCGAGCAUCGAGCAGCAGCAGCGACGAUGAUAGCGAUGUUGAAAUGGCAGAUGCGCCAGUCGCCAAGAAAGUUUCCGGAAAGCGAUCGAGCCCGUCUUCGUCCUUAUCUUCCUCCAGCAGCUCCGACAGCGACGCAGAUGACGAGAAGGAGGUCCCAGUCGUAGUGAAAGUCGCUUCCCCAAAGGCCAAAGCCAACAAAUUGAAGCGCAAGGCCGAGUCCAGCAGCGAAUCGUCCUCAUCAGGAUCAGUCUCUAGUUCCGAAGAUGAACCUCCCAUGAAGAAAAAAGUUAAGACGGAAGCCACUUCAUCAAGCGAAUCCACUUCCGAUUCCUCGUCUGAAACCUCCUCGGGCUGUAGCUCUGACGAGAAGACUAAGAAGGCUCCCAUCAAGAAGACAAAGGAGGUCAAAAAGUCUUCGGAUAGCGAAUCCUCGUCCUCUUCUGGUUCUAACUCGAGCAGUUCAUCAGAUUCCGACAGCGAUUCUGAGUCUGCAACCACAACUCUUGCGAAGAAGACCCCGCUCCCAGCUUCCGAGACUGAAUCUUCCGAUUCUGACAGCUCCGACAGCGACUCCGCGAAGGACGACAAGCAGAGGCCAACUGCAAGCUCAGACACAAGCGCUACACUCUCUGAUGGACCGAAGAAAUCCUCGUCAUCCUCUUCCGACUCGAGCUCUGGUUCUUCGUCAGGCGACUCAGACGCUGAGCCAAAGAUCGUCAAGGCCACCGAAACCGUCUCUACCCAUGAACCUGAUCCCCCAUUGCCCCCGGAGCCAGUCUUUAACAAGAAGAGAAAGACCAAUGAGCCGUUCUCGAGAAUCCCAAAGGAUACUAAGGUUGAUGAACGGCUGGCCAGCAAUGCAUACGUCCCUUACGACUAUGCUCAGAAGGCUCACGAGGAUCUGAUUGUUACGAGAGGAAAGGGGUUCACCAAGGAGAAGAACAAGAAGAAGCGUGGGAGCUACAAGGGAGGAUACAUUGAUGUAGAGGGAAAGAAGGGCAUCAAGUUCAUGGACUAA